AUGGCGGCGGCCGCGCCCAGGGACCCGGCUCAGGGUAUGAAUUUUGAGGACGUGGCCAUUGACUUCUCCCAGGAGGAAUGGGGGCUCCUUGAUGAAACUCAGAGACUCCUGUACUGCGAUGUGAUGCUGGAGAACUUUGCACUUGUAGCAUCGCUGGGUUUUAGGCAUGGGAUGGAAGAUGAGGAGGCCCCUUCUGAGCAGACUAUGUCUGUAGGAGAGUCCCAGGUCAGGGCUUUUCAGGCAGGUCUGUCCACACAGAAGAUCCACCCCUGUGAGAUGUGUAUCCCAGCCUUGAAAGAUAUUUUGCACCAUGCUGAGCACCAAACAAUAUACCCUUGGUAGAAACCAUACUUGGGUGCCACAUGUGUGAGAUGCUUCUCUUUCCAUGCAGACCUUCACCAGCAACAGAGGCAUGGCAGUUGGGAGAAGCCCUGGAAAAGAGAUGUGGACAGGGCCUCGUAUGUGACAAGCUGCAACUUCUGUGUGUCAGGGCAGCCUUUCACAUGUAGGAAGGUUGGAGAGGACAUUCCAGCGACCUCGGGACAUCUUCAGCUCCAGACCAAUCCCAACAGUGAGGAGCCACACCGUGGCAACCAGAGUGGAGAGGCCUUUCACAGUGGAAAAAGUCAGUACAACGGGGGUGAAUGUGAAAAAGCUGCCAGCCACAACCAUGGACUUGAUCAACAUCAGAGUGUUUGCUCUGGAGAAGGGCUUUAUGAGUGUGGCAAAGGUGGGAAAGCCUUCAGCUCGAACUACAGCCUUGUGCAGCACCAACAAAUUCACAGUGGACAAAGGCCAUAUGAGUGUGGUGAAUGUGGGAAAUUUUUCAGCUACAAAUCCAACCUCAUUGAACACCAUAGAGUUCACACUAGAGAAAGGCCUUAUGAGUGUAGUGAAUGUGGGAAAUCCUUUAGACAAAGCUCUAGCCUUUUCCGACACCGGAGAGUUCACACUGGAGAAAGGCCAUAUAAUUGCAGCGAAUGUGGGAAAUCCUUUAGACAAAUCUUUAACCUCAUUCGACAUGGGAGAGUUCACACUGGAGAAGUGCCUUACAAGUGUAGUGAUUGUGGGAAAUCUUUUAGCUGCAAAUCUGAACUCAAUCAGCACCAGAGAAUUCACAGUGGAGAAAGGCCUUAUGAGUGCAGUGAAUGUGGGAAGUCCUUUAGACAGUUCUCUAACCUCAUUCGACACCGGAGUGUUCAUACUGGAGAAAGGCCUUAUGAGUGCAAUGUUUGUGGGAAAUCCUUUAGCCGUAAAUUUAUCCUUAUUCAACAUGAGAGAGUUCACACUGGAGAAAGACCUUAUGAAUGCAGUGAAUGUGGAAAAUCCUUUACCCGAAAAUCUGACCUCAUUCAACACCAGAGGAUUCAUACUGGCACAAGACCUUAUGAGUGCAGCGAAUGUGAGAAAUCUUUUAGGCAGCGCUCUGGUCUUAUUCAACACCGGAGAGUUCAUUCUGGAGAAAAGCCAUAUGAGUGUGGCGAGUGUGGGAAAUCCUUUAGCCAAAGUGCUAGCCUCAUUCAACACCAGAGAGUUCACACUGGAGAAAGGCCUUAUGAAUGCAGUGAAUGUGGGAAAACCUUUAGCCAAAGUUCUAGCCUCAUUCAACACCAGAGAGGUCAUACUGGUGAAAGGCCUUAUGAGUGCAGUGAAUGUGGGAAGCCCUUUACCCACAAAUCUGACCUCAUUCAACACCAGAGAGUUCACACUGGGGAAAGACCUUAUGAAUGCAGUGAAUGUGGGAAAUCUUUUAGCCGCAAAUCUAACCUCCUUAGACACAGGAGAGUACACACUGGAGAAAACCCUUAAAUAUGUUACAUGUGCAGUGAAUGUGGGAAAUCUUUUAGCCAUAACUCUAGCCUUAUUAAACACCAGAGAGUUCACACAGGAGAAAGGCCUUAUGAGUGUGGGGAGUGUGGAAAAUCCUUUAGCCAGAGCUCCAACCUCUUUCAACAUCGGAGAGUUCACACUGGAGAAAGGCCUUACGAGUGCAGUGAAUGUGGGAAAUCUUUUAGCCAAAGCUACAGCCUCAAUAACCAUCGGAAAGUUCACACUGGAGAAAGGCCAUUUGAGUGUGGAGAAUGUGGCAAAUCCUUCAGUCAAAGAUCCAACCUCAUUCAACAUCGGAGAAUUCACACUGGAGAAAAGCCUUAUGAGUGCAGUGAGUGUGGGAAGUCCUUUAAUCAAAGCUCUGCGCUCCUGCAACACCAUACCGUUCACACCGGAGAACGGCCCUAUGAGUGCAGUGAAUGUGGGAAAUCCUUUACCUACAAUUCCAGUCUUUUAAAACACCAGAAAGUCCACACAGGGUCAAAGCCUUAUGAGUGCAGUGAAUGUAGGAAAUCUUUUAGCCAGAAUUGCAGCCUCGUUCUUCAUCUGAGAGUUCACACUGGAGAAAGGCCUUAUGAGUGCAGCAAAUGUGGAAAAUCUUUUAGCCAAAGCUCUGCGCUCCUUAAACACCAGAGAGUUCACACUGGAGAAAGGCCAUAUGAGUGCAAUGAGUGUGGGAAGUCUUUUAGGCGAAGCUCCAACUUCAGUGACCAUCGGAGAGUUCACACUGGAGAAAGGCCGUAUAAGUGUAACCAGUGUGGGAAAUCCUUUAGUAAAAGCUCUGGCCUCACUCGACACCAGAGAGUUCAUACUGGAUUGGGCAUUAUAAAUAUCUUGAAUGAGAAAGCCAUUAGCCGAAGCCCUUACCUCAUUGAUUACCACAAAAUUCACAUGGGAGAAACAACUUAGAUAUGUAGCAAAUGUAUUUCCUUUUCAGUAUAACAACACUUGAGGAGAUCUCUUUUGAGGGUGCCAUCUGCCUGAAUUGCGCCUCAUACAUCCAAACAUCAAAAUAAAUUCCAGGUAUGUGGA